AUGGACUUCGUCCUCGGUCUCCCUCGUACCCAACGUGGGUCUGACUCCAUUUUUGUGGUCGUGGUGGAUCGUUUUAUACCCUGCAAGAAGACAUCGGAUGCGAUCGAUGUUGCCCAGCUCUAUUUUCGGGACGUCUACCUUCUUCAUUGUCUUCCUGCGUCCAUCGUCUCGGAUCGCGAUACACGCUUUGUGAGUCACUUCUGGCGCAGUUUAUGGCGUAUGGUUAAUACACAACUGAAAUUUAGCAGUGCUAAUCAUCCGCAGACCGACGGGAAAACGAAGGUUGUUAAUUGUUCUUUGGGGAAUCUCUUACUCAGUUUGGUAGGCGAUCAUCCUAAAGCUUGGGAUCAUAAGCUCCCUCAAGUGGAGUUUGCUCAUAACCACGAGGUCAAUCGCUCGACAGGCUUCCCGCCGUUUCGCGUUGUAUAUGGGUUGUCCCCGCGAGGGCCUCUUGAUUUGCUCGCCCUUCCCAGCAAGGUCCAGCCUCACGCUACGGCUGCCGAUUUUGUGAGUCAGCUAGCCCAGAUUCAUACCGCUACCCAUGACCGCCUGGUGGCCUCCAUUCCGGCGUACAAGACUAGUGUCGAACAGCGCCGCUGCGCUGUGGAGUUCGACGUUGGUGACUUUGUUUGGGCUAUCCUCACCAAGGAUCGUUUUCCUGCCCAUGAGUAUAGCAAGCUUGCAGCGAAGAAGAUUGGCCCUGUCUAG